UGUGAGCAUGUUCGUUUCAUAAUAAAAAUGUUGCCAGGUAACCAAAAAGUCGUAUGUUUUUAUGCGAAUUACGAUCAUAAUCUUUACGAUCGUACAUUAAAAAAUAGACAAAUAAUAGUAUGAGUACGAUUUAAAUCGUAUAUCUGUCAACCCUGCUAGCAAGACAGCGACAAAAUCACGUUGCAUAACAAUGUAGCCCAAGCUUAUAUCUUAUGAAAUAUACGGAAGAGAUACGGACUUAGAAAAAACAGAAAUGUUGUUCUUUGUGGAAGUCAUUGAUGAAAUUCUAUGUAUUUUAGCCCGCAAACUUUCUUCAAACAAAAACAGCGCCAUCUAGUAUCGAGUUCUGUAAUUAUCUCUUUGUUUAUGGAUUUGAAGUAAGACCGCCACGCAUGCAAUACAUUAUGACUGGGGAUUCCCCUAUUCGUCGACGCUGAAUAUGAGGCGACGACAAUCACUGUCAAACGUGUUCACUAUUACUCUGACUCUGGUAACGUGACUUCCUGGUAACGUGUUAGGUAGGAAAAGCAGUAAAAAAGUGCAUAUUAAGGGAGCAGAUUUGAAAUAAUAUUUAUACUUAACAAGAAAUAAUUAAAGGUUCAAUGGGGAGACCUAAAGAUUUACGCAUAUGGGAGCACUACCGUACUUUACCAAACAAGUCUGUUUCUUGCAAGCUUUGUAAUAAGGUCUACAAAUUCAGUAAUGCUGCCAAAAUGCUUCAACAUCUUAUCACUUGUCCAAAAUCUCCAGAAACAUUAAAAGACUCUAUGAAACUUAUAAAAGAUAGCUCGUCCAAAACCAAAAUGUCUGGACUGUCAGAUAUAGAGACAAAUUAUUCUUUUAUAAGCCCCUCGUCGUCUGCUAACACUACAAUAAAUGCUGAGUUUCAAGACACCGAUGAUCAUAUAAAAACAGAAUUAGCGAGAGCUAUAUUUGUAACAGGGACGCCAUUAUCGAUGGUGCAACAUCCUUUAUGGAUACAAUUUUUCGAAAAAUUGCAACCAAAAUUUAAAAUACCUUCACGUAAAGCUUUAGCGACAAAAUACUUAGAUAAAAUAUAUAGAGAAAUGCGUUUUGAGUUAAAUGAGGAACUAAAUGCUUGUAGUUACUUACACCUUCAGUGCGAUGGCUGGUCUAAUUUAAGAAAUGAAGGAAUAAUAAACUUUCUUAUAUCAAAACCUCAACCUGCAUACGUUAAAAGUUUGAAUACAGAAAGUAAUCCUCACACUAGUGAAUACCUUAGCCAAGAAGUUGAAAAAGUAAUGAAAGUGUAUGGAGCAAAUAAGUUUCUUGUACUUAUUGGCGAUAACGCUAGAAAUAUACAAAAGGCAUUCGAAUUAACAAAACUCAAAUAUCCACAUGUUGUUCCUCUCGGUUGCUGUGCACAUAUCCUUAACUUGUUGUGCCAAGAUAUUGUAAAGAUACAAGAAGUAACUGUGUUUAUUAUGCAAGCCAUAAAUAUAAUAAAAACUGUUAAAAGGAGUCAACGAUUAAGUUCCUUGUUGAUAAAAUCAAGGCAGGGUGAAGAUUCUACACAAACACUAAAAUUGCCUUGUGCUACAAGAUGGGAAGUCAUGUUAUUUCGUUAAAAAGUUUGAAAGCAAAUAAGAUAGCUUUGCAAAUAUUAACAGUUAGAGAAGAUGUGGUAAUUUCAAGAGAUAUUAAAGAUUUAAUUCUAAGUGAUGAUUUCUGGACGAAGACAGGGGAAUGUAUAAGUAUUUUGGAACCAGUCACUGAAAGCAUAUUUUACUUAGAGAGCGACCAGAAUCGUUUGCAUCGCACAUACAUUACAUUUAGAGAUGUACAAGCUAAGAUACGUUUUGCAUUAAAUGAGAUUUCGACAUUGAGCGAAGAAAGCAAACAGCAGAUUCUAACAUCAGUAUCUUCAAGAUGCAAUAUGGCAAUGAGGCCAAUACAUUUUGCAGCAUAUAUUCUAGACCCCAGGACUCUAGGAGUCGAACUUACUCAAGAGGAAGAACUUAAGGGUAUGGAGUUUAUCUACAAUUUAAGCCAACACUUAAGUUUGUCAAAUGUAAUGGCAGAUUUGGCGUGUUAUAAAGCUAAAGAAAACUUUUGGGCCAGAGGAUUUGUAUGGAGCUCAUUAGAUAGCAUUGAGCCCCUAAUAUGGUGGAAAGGUAUUUGUGGUUCCACUGAGUUAAGCAAAGUAGCGAUUCGUAUUCUAUCAGCUCCCUGUACUUCGGCAGCCACUGAGCGUUCCUUUAGUAUCCAAGGCUACAUACAUAAUAACAAAAGAAAUCGACUUACAACUGAAAGAACUGAAAAAAUUUCAUUCAUUUGUUAUAACUGGAAUCUUAAACAUAAAGCUGAAUGCGAGGACAUUCAGUUUAAUGAAGAAAAUACCUUAGAAGCUUUCAUUGAGCAAGUAAAUGAACAUAACAGUUUAGACGAAAUAGAGCCUAUCGAACCUAUACAAUUCAUCGCUUGUAAUAACUCUGAAUCUGACAGUGAUUGACUGUAGUUUUACAUUUUACUUUCAUCUCUUUCUUAAUAAACUCAAAAUCAAAUUAAAAGUUUUUUAUUCUGUAGGCUGCAUAAUAAUAUUGUCUAUGUCCAGUAUAGUGGACGUCUUGCGGCUGAGAUGACGAUGAUGAAGUACAAAAUCAUAAACACCCAAAAAUUUGGGUGUUUAUGGGGUUUAAACCCAAUAAACCCAAAACACCCGGUUUUUACCCACCAGACUUUAAACCCACCCAGGUGGAUUGCCCAUCUCUAUUUAUAUAUCACACUAACUGACUCUAUGUAUAUAUUGGCUUAUUUAAGAAUUUAUUAAAUA